AUGGAGCUCGUAGAAAAUCGCAAGUACAAAGAAAAAGAUGGAAAGAGUUUCUGGGACACACUUGAAGGCGUGCUAUACUCCGAAUAUCCAGAACCAUCUGCGUAUCUUGAUCAAGCUCCUCCCUCAGUCAAUCUGCCAGUUGCUCCAGCUGCUCUCACCCUGCAUGACAUGCGCAUCAACUGUUUACUUUAUGCGGACGACGUCGUCUUGAUUGCCGAACCACCCAUUAUGCCAGCACUAUUAGCCGCCUGUGAGGACAAUAGUAGGAUAGUAGGCAGCUUGUCUAUCGGUGAAGCCCCACCAGGUGCGUUGUUUUCGACCGACAGUUAUCAUCUGUAUCAACACUACUUGAGCUAUACUACACCGCCUUGCCGACUGCCAGCUCCUUCAAGUAUCUCGGCAUUCCCUUCAACCCAUCAGCUAUAUGGAUGUCCAGCUACCAAUCGAACACAGCACCAAGAAAGCGACCAGCUCGUCAAACGUCUUGAAUUCCCUUGGUCUUAA